UAUUUUCGUUUUUUUUCUUUCUCUCUCUCCCCGUUGUGGUGACAGCUGCCAGCGGACAGCGGGAUCAAGUCGUCAGCACCAAGUCUCGGGGUGGAGGAAAGACUGAGGAAUCUUCUGCUGGACAACGACAGGCCCACCGUCCCCACUGCCCAGCAGUUCUAUGAUGGAGAGCUGCUGCUUCCGCCACCCCCUUCUCGUUCCUAUGGCGAUGGGGCGACUCUGAGCUCUGCAGCAGAUGCAGGAAUGAGGGAGCGCGUGCCUCCAGACCAACGGCUACGUGCCUUCAAAGCCAUCAGAAAGAUAUCAAGGACCUCGCGGGGAAGUCCUCAUGAAACGGGAACAGCCGCGUGCAGGAAAUGCUUCGUAUCCACGGCAACCUGCUCCACAGCCUCCCGGGCAGAUGGCCACCUUGAACUACCUGCCAGACACUCGCACCUUCUCCAUUCCCGGUACAUCUCAGCAAAGUGACCAGAAAGCUAGCGACAUGAGAAGCGCCUGGAACAAGCUUUUCGGCGCGCAACCGGAGUGGCGCCAACCCGCUCGACCACAGGACGCAGCCAGCGCCACCAGGCGGCAAGGAUCACGUGAUGAGGGGGACUCCCUCCUGAACAGGCCAGACGACACUGGGACAUGGAAGAAAGAUUUCUCGUUGACAAACCCCAUCAGCUGGCAGCCCGCGAGAGUCCGAUGGGUCAAAGUUCAAGUACACCUGCUCAGACGCCUGGGUCGUCAAGUCACAGGAGCUCGUACAGCGUGGGUCACGUGACCUUUAGCACCUUCAAGCCUGAGAACGACAACGAUGGCAGCGAGGACGAGAUGGAGCUCAAGAUGCUAGGGCCGGCCUCCAAGUAUCCGGAACCUUCUGGAAGCAGACCCUCCAGCACACGGCUCACACCUCAGACGCUGAAGUCAGAAUCCCAAGGCGCAAGAGACCUGGUUGUCGUCAACGGCAAUCGAACGAGGAGCGAAAGUUCAACUCCAGCGCCUCCGACCACGCGGGACGUGCCCCCGAGGUCCAAUGCCAGACCGCCCUCGCGACUGUCGGGUCCUUUGGGAGUAGGGCUGUCCUCCCGCUCCCCUGGCGGCCCCGUCGUCAACGACGCCUUCGUUAGCGACACCGGCGACGAGCGCGUGUACGGCGGCAGCACGGACAGGCUGCAUGCCGACGACUCCAUCUUCGACCUACACGACCAAGCGAGGCUGGGGGCUCCGAGCGAGUCGUCGUCCAACAGGUCCGUGACUCCGCCUCUGCCACCCUUGUCUCCCACCAGUUCUCAGCCCGAGUCAACCUCCUCUGCCAUCCCUCAACCUGCCCUCAACCGUUUUUUCGUAUUCGGUCCUCCGUCUCGGCCAGGUGGACAGGCGCAGAAAGGGACCGAAGUGCCGUCAGUCGCACGAACCCCGGACCUCCUAGUGACGUCAUCAACACCAGGGGGCACGCUGAACGGCGGUCGAAGCGUGACCGAGGGGCGGCCAGCAACGACCGGCCAGCAGACGAGUCGAGUUACAGGAUCCGCGGGUCUGAGAGUGCCACCAGCUCAUGGGCCUGUGAGGAAAGUGUCUGUCCCCGCGAGAGAUGAUGUGGAUGGAAGUCGACAGUUCGCUCGAAGUCAGAGUCUGGACGACGUUCGAGAAACAUGCAGCGACAGCAACAACCUGUCCUUUGAUGUGGACAACACGUUUCUAAUGGUGGAGCCGUCAGAACUGUCGGACACGGACACGAUGGUGUCCCGGGACACCCGCUCACUCCGGGGGCAGCUGCAGAAGCUGGAGGGCAUGUACCACGACGUGCUGCGGAUCGUGGGCGGCGAACAGGGAGCCCUCACGCGCAGUGGGCGGCGCUGGAGCAUCGCGAGCUCGGACACCAGCUCCUUCAAGAAAGGUCGGCACCUGCGGGCCCCCUCCAGUACCUUCCAUCGCCCAGGUGUCAGCAGAGACCUGAAGUCUGUCAACAAACGCUUCCAGAAGCUGGAGUCGCACGUGGUGACGUUAGCGCGCAGCAUCGCUCACGUGUCCUCCGAGCUGCGCGCGCACAACAGCCUGUGUCGCGACCUCGACCUCGUGAAGAGGGAGCUGCGCGAGCUGAAGCAGAAGGGACCAGCUGCGCCCGCCGAGAGCCCCAGGGAUCUGGUGACGCCCUUCGACAAGUUCCGAGGCUGGAUACCGUCGUUGACAAACCCCAAGAGAAUUAAUAAGCUGACUCAAUUUUUUGGUCAAGAACCACCAUUAUUAGAAAUAUUCCUGAAAAAACUUGGCUACGAGCGCUACGUCAAAAACUUCGAGGCCGAGCACAUUGGCAUGAUCGAGCUGCCAUACAUGACAGAGGAGCGCCUGCAGAGUCUGGGCAUCCCCAUGGGACCCCGGCUGCGCAUCCUGCAGGAAUCUCAGCUCUGCUUCAGACAAGAAAACUUCGACAUCUACAUUGUGUGAUUCGCUGUCAUGUCAUUCUUACAUCCGUCCAGACGCCCACUGUGUCAUGUCAUCACCUGCUGUGGCCGUCCUGACAUUUCUUGCUGGCCGGCCAUAAGCCUGCCAUUGAUGCCGUAGACGUGGUGGGCGCUUAGAGAACGGUUACAGGUCCGGGGUUUCUACACAUCGAGCAGGCUGCUGGGAGGUAGAUGUUGUGAUGAUAUGGGAGGUAGUCAAGGAAACCUUAUGCAAUAAGAAAGCUGCUGAAUGGAGAUCUCUUGCCUCGUCUGACAACAUACAAUGAAAAACUUUUUCUGUGGUUGCUCGGAUCGUGUCCAAGCCCCUUUUAAAAUUUAUAUUGUGAUCAAACAAUUAACUUGGGUUUAAAAAGUGACAAAACUGCUGUGUGACACAUGUUUGUGAGCUGUGGGCGGGGUAUCCACCCCGUGACUGCCCUCUCGGGCUGUGGACUACAGCGCGUGCUGAAGAAGCGUUGACAGGAGCUGGGAGUGACUUCCGUGAGAUGACAAUGGUCGGAUCGGACUUUAUUGUACUGAGAUUGUAGUGUUAAUAUGUGGAUAAAAGGUUAAUGUGUGUGGUGGGGAGUUGGAUAUCAGCAGC